GGGCGAGUGAGCGGCGGACCACUACCACACACACGACCGGCGACCGGGCCGCUGAAUGCCGAUAAAAUAAAACAAUUUACACGGCGCACACUCGGCGCAAUACUCCGCGAACGACCGUCGGACGUACAACACCGAGACAGUGCUCAUCACGUCGGUUACGAUUUUACGAUCAUUAUUACGAAUUUAAUCGCACGACAUUGGAAAUACAAUUUAAUCCGUUAUUUUGCAUCGCGUUUCGUGAUCAUCGCCAUAAUAUUAUUACACCCGAGCGCCUAAAAACAUUACGUAACACACCGGCCCUGUUCGUCUUGCGGCAGAGAUUUACCGGACGAUCGCCGACAGACCUUCUAGCUUUUCGUCGCCGUAAUCUCCGUAAUACGCUAGUAGAAUUUGACCAUCGCGAUGGACAACGUUUCGGUUUCGUCGGGUUCCUCGUCCGCCGACGGUGACGAACUGUCGGCCGUGCUCAAUCGCCGGCAGAAGAUCAACGAGGCGCUGGAAGACGGAAAGCCGGUGCCACCUCAGUUCAACAGGCGGCCGUCCACUAAAAAUGUGUACCUCGAGUUCAAGGAGUUUUCGCGCAAGCAGAUCAACGAAUACGAGGCGACUUUCAAAAAAUUUGAUACCGGUAAAGAUGGAUACUUAGACUUGGGAGAGUUGAAACGGAUGAUGGAAAAGCUGGGUGUUCCACAAACUCAUCUGGCGCUCAAAGCCAUGAUCAAGGAAGUUGAUGAAGACGGUGACGAUAAGAUAAGUUUUCGAGAAUUUUUGCUGAUCUACCGCAAAGCGUACGACGGUUCGUUGCCCCUGGACUGCGGCCUCAACGAGCUGGCCCGACUGACGGAAAUCAACGUUGACGAAGUCGGCGUGAUCGGCGCCAAAGAGUUUUUCGAGGCCAAGAUCGAGUAUCAAGGCAUAGCGAACCGGUUCGAGUACGAACUACGGCAGGAGAUGGAAGAGAAGAAACGAACAGAGGACGAGAUGUCCAAACGGAAAAUCGCGUUUAAGGAGAAAACUGCCAUUUUUCAAUAACUCCUUCGGGAAUAUACCAUUUCUCCCCCCCCUCCCGAUCGAUUUUCCUAUUUAACUACCCUCGCGGGGACGAUUGUGUUAAUACCUAACCUAUAUAUUAUUAUUAUUAUUAUGUAAUAUAUAUUUUUGAUGUAAAGGAUUAAUUUUUUAUACUUAAUCAUCAUUAUUUAUUAUUUGAAAACUCACUACACCUAUGCCUAUAUUAUAAUUUAUGUAUUAAGUACAAUGGAUUAUUCUCCGAAAUUGUUUAGGAAAAUUGUUUUUUUUUUUUUAUUAUUAUUAUUAUAAUUUCUGUCGUAAUAUUAUUGUAUAAUUUUGUUUUGUAAAUGUUUAUUUAUACGAUUUACGCCUAUAACUGAAUUUUAAAUAAAUUGUAAAAUAUGUAAGUAUAACCUACAAUAA